CGCGUCGCAAUUCGGGUCGCGAGGAGUGGAGCUGCGGGGAAAUCUGCCGAGCGAGUCCGAGGUGUAGGCCGCUCUGCCGUAGCCCUCAUGCUGGUGGUGCCGGUUUCCCGCUUGGCCUCCGCCCUGGCUCCCCGCGCCCAGGCCUGGAGAUCUCCCCUCAGGGUGCAGCCGCUCGGUGCGGCCUUCAUCAUCGCCACCACCGCCGUCGUCCCGCAUGCCCAGGGGCAGCAGCGGCGGCGGUGGUGGAGGGGGGGCCACUGGGGCACCCCUGCGGGGGUCGUGAACCCCGCGCGACCCCGCGACCUCGGCCCCCCUUUGCGGUCGGCGUGGUCGCGAGGCCUCUCCACGGCAACGCAGGGGGGCGGCGGCUCCUCGUACCAGCGUGGGCGGAAGGGACGCAGCAAGGACGCUCGCCCGGAGGAAGAUGACAGCAACGAGGAGCAGCCUGGCGAGGGGGAGGAGGAGGAGGAGGAGGCUUCGUUCGUGACGCAGGAAGGUGUCGUGAAGGACUACAAGGACCUUGAUAAGACGGUGGCUUCCUUCCGAUUUGACCUCGUCAUGAAGGCCGGCCUGGACAUCUCAAACAAGGCCAUCGAGGACGCCUUCUACGCCAACCGCCUGCGGCUCAACGGACAGCGGCUGAUCAAGAAGAGCCGCACGGUGCGCGAGGGCGACGUCCUGGACCUCCUGCUGCCGGUUCCCGCGGGGGCGCCGGCCUCGGCGUCGGCGUCGGUCCCGGCGGCGACGACCGACUCGGGGAGGAGGGGAGGAGACGCCCAGGGGGAGGCGGUGGCGCGCGUGGUGGUGCUGCGCGCCAGCGAGGAGCGCUCGCCCUCCCAGCGCUACGGCGUGCGCCUGCGCCGCUGGAAGCAGCUGCUGCUGCCGCCAGCGCCGCGCGGCACCGCCUAGGGGGGUGGGGGGGUA